GUGAUGCCGCGACCCGAGGGUAUGAGGUGCCUGCUGGUGACCAGCCGGGGUCGCACCGUCAGUUGGUUGCGCAACGGUGCGCCGCUGCACCGCUUCCACUCGCAACUCCCGGGCGGCUCCCCCGCCAGUGCCGCCGCCGGUAGUGGCGGCUCAGCGACCGCCUCCGCCUGCUCCUCCCCCGCCGACUACUGCAUACUGGAUUGCAUCUUCCACCCGCCCAACGGCACUUACUACGUGCAGGACCUCUUGUGCUGGCGCGGCUACGCGUUGUACGACACCGUGGCUGAGUUCCGUAACUACUGGCUGGUCAGCAAAUUUCAGGAGGAGGGCCUUAUGCAGCCACGAGGAGAGAAGACCCCUGACAUCGGCGUGCCGCUACCCGUACGGCCGUGCACCCUGCAGGGCCUGCGCACAGCGUACGGCAGGCUGGACUUUGUCCGCGACGGACUCUACUUCCUUCAUCGGCACGGUCACUACCGGCCCGGACCAGGCACCACUCCCCUGGCGCUGCUGUGGAAGGACCUGGGCUGUAGCAGGUACCUUCUGGACACGGACUCUACGGGCCAGCCGCUGCAGCACCAGGCCGUCACUCUGUCGUACCGUGCGGAUCGUACAGUAGCCACCGAGGACGACCCGCCGGUGGUGCUGGGUCGUUUGCCGGAGGCGUUUGUGGCUGCUAUGGGGGACAAGCUCAAGCCGGGUCGGCUGCUGCGGUUCUCCAUCCGGCAGGGUGGCAUCACGUUCCACGAGGGCCGCCCCGCGGGCGCUGACCUGCACUACGAGGGACCAGCCAACCAGCGCCGUGGCCGGGCGGACAGCUUCUCCAAGAUCCUUUUUCAGAGACUGGCGCGUACAGCACCCAUCACGGCAUCAAUGCUUGCGGCGGCCGUG